AAUAUAAUCAUAUCUCUAAUUCUAAACUAGAAAAACAGAAGGAAACGCUCCUCUCCCAAAAAUUUACCAGCCACUCCUCCAUUCACCGCCGUCGUGGUCUACUCUCUCGCUCGGCGUCGGCUUCCACCUCCACUGUUCACCUCUCCUUCCCGCCAGCAACCAUGAACGGAGCUUGUAAAAAACUCUCAAUGUUGAUUCAGAGGCAAUUCCAGUUGCGCAAUGUAUCUCAUAAUCUUCAUCUCCAUCAUCAACCUCGCAAUGGGCCAACUGAAAGUUUGAAGCAGAAAAUUGCAGAGUUUGAGAAGAAGAGAAGGAAGAAGAAGAAGCAUGAUGCGUUCGUGGUGCUGGUCCCCGAGGGCCAGAAGUACCUUGACACCCCGACUCUGCCCAUGACUCUCGCUUUCAUCGGGAUAGCCAUUGGUGCCAAACUCCUUUAUAUGUACGAAUAUGAUGACUCAAAAGUACAAGAGAGGAUUGAAAAGCAAAUCGAGGAUGCUCCUGAGGGUCAAGGCACAGUCAGGAUGCUUACUCGCGAAGAGUGGGAAGCAAUUCAGGAAGUGAGGCCCAGGACUCCAUUUGAAUCCAAACUUGCCCGUCCAAAUGCACGAAUAAGAACGGGUGAACCAUUACGCAAGGAAGAUGUGAAAGACUGGACUAUUGAUGUGCUUACAGACGCGCUUACCCGGGUUGAAGAAAGUGUGAAAAACAACUGAUAGGUACUUGUUCAACAUUUUAAAGCAAUGUUACUAGUUAAGAGUACAAGGGCUCUUAUGAUACUACUGUAUUAAAUACACAACAUAGGUAUACAUAACCAUGGAUCAUAUGAUUGCCUGGACCAUCUAUGAAGUCUUUACUUGACCAUAACUAGUUAGAAGUAAAUUGGAGAAGACAUAUGAAAUUGAAAAGAAGUUCAAAAAAGAGAAAUUCUGGUAGUUAUUGAGUUGGUUCUUUUUCCAUAUUAGAGUUGGUUACUGUGAAUAGAUGACUAAAAUGUUGUAGAAUUUUCUAGCAAUAUGAUACUCUAUUUGAAUAUAUAUAUAACUGCAAUUUUAUUGCCUAAAA